CUAGAGAAACAAACGAAGAAAAAAGAACAAUUAUGCAAGCAUUGAUUGAUUACACACUUCAAUGUGUUCUAUAUUUUGUUGUUUUUACUACAUAACGUUAUGUCAAAUGCAUCAUAUUACUCAAGGGUUAAGAAUUAAUAAUAAACAAAAACUUGUUGGUUGUUGCCUCAUUUUCUUCUUCUUCACGUCAUGGAUUCUCCUAAAUAUAAUAAGCUAAACCUCUCAGAUUAUCCAAUUUCCGGAUAAUGUCUAGUGUUAUUAUUACAUUCAAUUUCAUUUUCUUAUACAAAAGUUUGAAGUAAAAAAGGCUUGGCGUGGAAGUGGUGGAUAAAAUAAAAACGUGUUCAACACCUGCCGAGCCGAUUUAGAUUCCGUUUUCACAUAUACAACAAUCAUGUUUUCUUUUGGGGUCAAUGGUCUUGAAUUGACCCGUUCUUAAAACCCGCUUAACCCGACCCGGAUCCACCUGCUCCUUUCAUGUUUUUUUUCAACAAAACACACGCGCUGGUCUCUUGAUCCUAAACCAUUUUUCUCAUAUUUUUUUUUUUGUCAAACUCUCAUUGAUCAUCUUCCUCCUCAACAUCAUCCCAUUAUAUCCCCUCUUUGUCUUCUCGAUUCCUACCUACCUAAUCUCUUCUAGGGUUUGGGUUUCUGGACGACGAAGAGGGGCGUUUCUUUGUAAAUUCGAGAAAUUGAGAUUGCUUGCUUUGUAAACUCGGAAUUUAUGGCGGUUUCUAGCGCCUUCGCUGUUACCCCGAAGAAGCUGGAGAAUUUGUUAUCGAAUCAACUUAACCCAUCAUCAUCUUCUUCUUCUUCUUCUUCUCCGGCGCCAAACGCGUUUGGUGUAAUCGGGAUUCGUGAUCUUCCGAUGAACAAUAAUAAUAGGACAAAGCGAGGUCUGAUCCAGAGAGCCCGUUGCGAGAUUUCAACUUCUAAAUCAGCCAGCCUCUCUGCUCUUGAACUGCUCAAGUCUUCUGCUAUUGACCGAUACACAAAGGAAAGAAGCAGUAUUGUGGUGAUUGGGCUUAGCAUUCACACAGCUCCUGUUGAGAUGCGUGAGAAGCUUGCUAUUCCUGAAGCUGAAUGGCCACGAGCUAUCGCUGACUUGUGCGGUUUGAAUCAUAUCGAAGAAGCUGCUGUUCUCAGUACCUGCAACCGCAUGGAGAUUUAUGUCUUGGCUCUCUCUCAGCAUCGUGGUGUCAAAGAAGUUACUGAGUGGAUGUCUAAGACAAGUGGAAUCCCAGUUUCGGAGAUCUGUCAGCACCGUUUUCUAUUGUACAACAAGGACGUCACACAACAUAUAUUCGAAGUCUCAGCUGGUUUGGACUCCCUUGUCCUAGGAGAAGGUCAGAUACUUGCUCAGGUUAAACAAGUUGUUAAAGUAGGUCAAGGAGUUAAUGGAUUUGGGAGGAACAUUAGUGGGCUAUUCAAACACGCAAUCACGGUUGGGAAGCGUGUCAGAACAGAGACAAAUAUCGCUGCUGGAGCUGUUUCCGUUAGCUCUGCUGCAGUCGAACUUGCUCUCAUGAAGCUUCCAGAAUCUUCACAUGCAUCAUCUGCUAGGAUGUUAUCUUGUGCUGGAGAAGCCGAUGUAGUCUUUACUAGCACAGCAUCUGAGACACCAUUGUUCUUGAAGGAGCAAGUAGAGACUCUCCCUCCUGUUAGAGAUGCGAGGCUCUUUGUUGAUAUCUCUGUUCCUAGAAACGUUGGGUCUUGUGUCGCUGAAAUAGAUGGUGCACGGGUUUACAACGUGGAUGACCUCAAGGAAGUUGUUGCUGCGAAUAAAGAAGACAGGGUGAGGAAAGCAAUGGAAGCUCAGGCUAUAAUUACAGAGGAAUCAAAACACUUUGAAGCGUGGAGAGAUUCGCUUGAGACGGUUCCAACAAUCAAGAAAUUAAGGGGAUACACAGAGAGAAUUAUAGCCGCAGAGGUUGAGAAAUUCUUGCCGAAAAUGGGCGUUGAGAUGAACAAGAAAACGAGGAAAGCAGUAGACGAUCUCAUCCGAGGUAUAGUGAACAAGCUCCUACACGGUCCUAUGCAACAUUUGAGAUGCGAUGGGAGUGAUAGCAGAACGCUGAGUGAGACACUGGAGAACAUGCAGGCCCUGAACAGGAUGUAUGGACUUGAUGCAGAGAUACUCGAGGAGAAGAUUAGAGCCAAGGUGGAAAAAAAGUAGAGAGAGAGAGAGAGAGAGAGAGAGAGAGAGAGAGAGGGGAGCCUUUGCUGCAUCCAUUUUUUAGGUUCGUAGAGGUUAAGAAUCGGCACCUUUGUAAUAUACAAACUUGAGUAGAGAGAGUAAGAAGCUAUCUUCUGGGGAAGAAGCUAUCUUCUGGUUCAUGUCGUUGAUGAGAAGCAUACUAUAAUUGUUUCAUUAAUUGCGUUCUUUUGUUAAAACCUUAUAUACACAAUUUAUUUCCUAA